AGAAGGGAUUAUGCAUCCUGCUUUUUGAAUAAUUUAAGUCAUGGUGUAGUACAAUAUUUAUAUUCCUAGAAUAAUUUGAAAAAUCUCUCCACUUUUCAAAGCGAUUUAUAUUAAAAUGAGUAUUGAAUCUAAAAGUUUCAACUGAAAAUGAAAAUAAUGGAAGUUAUUUAUUUAUUUAUUUUUUCAGAACGACAAAGCUAAUAUACUCUUAAACUACUUAUAAUUUCAUAUGUUCCAAAUAAAACUUGAACAAGUAAAAAUACAUCUGAAACCAUUAAGCUAAAAACACGAAGCUGAUUGGAUGAGAAAGUGCAUUGGUGUGGUAUUGAAUGAGACUUAAAUGCAUGGUAAGUUUGAAUUUUAUAGAAUCAAUGGAUUGUAUCUAGAAAAAUGACUUUAUCCUAUGGGUGAUUGUUCUUUUUAAUCAUUAAGGUAAACCCACGAAUUCUGUAAUUUGUGUCCAUCUAACACCUUUAACACACAUCACGAGGUACCUUUACCAAAGUUGCUUCUUUAAUUCCCACCGAAUCCAAUUCCAACCUCAAAUCUUCAGAUUUCUAAAUCCAGAAGACCCUUCAACCAAAUCCAAUGGGAAACCUAGUACAAUUGAAGGUAGGUUUACACUGUGAAGAUUGCAUCAAGAUGAUCUUAAAAGCCAUCAAGAAGAUCGAAGAUAUCGAGACAUAUGAUGUUGAUACAGGACUGAACAAGGUGACUGUUACAGGAAACGUGACAAGCCAACAAGUCAUCAAAGCUCUACACAAGAUCGGGAAACAGGCUACUAACUGGGAACAUGCUUCAACCACAAGCCACUAGAUCCAUCUUCUCAAGCAUACUGUUCUAUUAAGCUCAUCGUUUAAGGUUUUUGAUGGAUUUUCAAACUUCAUAUAUAAUCUCGUAUUAUCUACUUCUGUUUAAUCUAUUAUAUUAUACACGCAACGAUCGAUCAUACCAUGUUUUCACAAUGAUAAAAAUCUAGAGGAUCA